CUGCCCCUCUCCCCUCUCCUCUCCCUCCCCACGUGAAAGAUGUCGAUGACCAUUGCUGUCGACGUCCCCAAGGAGGGUGAGAAUGGACCUCUGAUCGAGUCCGUGGGCGGCAGAGGCAGGGUGGCACCCCAGGGCACCGGCAAGGAGGGGGCCGGCGAGGGCCUGGAGGGAGAGGAGAAUUCUGCACAGGAAACUCAGCGACGAACCCAGAAUCACGGGCAUGGAAGGAAAAGGGCAAAGUCCAAUGCCAAACUGAAACUGGUGCGGAGUUUAGCGGUGUGUGAGGAAUCCUCGAACCCGUACAGCACGGAUGGACCCUCAGAGUCACAGGACAUCAUCCAAUUGCACAUCAGCUGCCCCUCCGACAAGGAGGAGGAAAAGUCCUCCAAAGAUGAGUAUGAAAGCGAAGAGAAGGAGAAAAACAAGGAGAAGGCCCCUCGGAAGAUGCUGUCUCGCGACUCCAGUCAGGAAUACACUGACUCCACUGGCAUCGAUGUGCACGAAUUCUUGGUCAACACACUGAAAAACAACCCGCGGGACCGGAUGAUGCUGCUCAAACUGGAACAAGAUAUUCUGGAGUUCAUUAAUGAUGACAAUAACCAGUACAAGAAGUUCCCCCAGAUGACCUCGUACCACCGCAUGCUGUUGCACCGCGUGGCGGCGUACUUCGGCAUGGAUCACAACGUGGACCAGACCGGCAAGGCGGUCAUCAUCAACAAGACCGGCAACACGCGCAUCCCAGAGCAGAGGUUCUCUGAGCACAUCAAGGACGAGAGAAACAUGGACUUCCAAAAAAAGUUCAUUCUGAAGAGGGACGAUGCUAGCAUGGACAAGGAUGACAACCAGAUCCGUGUGCCGCUGCAGGACGGGAGGCGCAGUAAGUCCAUUGAGGAACGCGAGGAGGAAUAUCAGCGGGUGCGAGACCGGAUCUUCGCCCGAGAGUCCUCUCAGAAUGGAUACGUCAACGACAACAGACUUACCACUGACGGCUAUUCUCCUGCCUCCCAAAAGAGGAGGCAGAUCUUUAGGGGCAACCGCGAGAGCUCCAGCCGGGCGUCGAGCAGCCGGCAGAGCAGCACAGACAGCGAGAUGAAGUGCCUGGAGCCGCGGCCCUGGAGCAGCACUGACUCGGACAGCUCGAACCGCACUCUGCGUCCGCCGGUCACCAAGGCCAGCAGCUUCUCGGGCAUCUCCAUCCUGACACGCGGGGACAGCCUGGGCAGCAAGGGCUCCCAGGGCAGCUGCCGGGGCUCCCGCUCUGGUCUUCCCCUAAUCACCCAGGAUGUUUGCCCUCCACCUCCCUGUCUCCAACCCGGCCGCAGUCUUCUUCCCUGCCCCUCAAACCCCCAGCAGCCUCAGAGCCAGCAGACCCAGGCCCCCCCUCAGGCAGCCCUGUUGCCCACGCCAGCUCAGCAUCACAUCAUGUCCCAGCCGGUGGCUUCUCUGCAGCCGUCCCCGCAGCCUGUGUCCUACUCCAGUCCUUCCUGCCCCCAGGUCCUCCUGCCCGUCUCUCCUCCCCAGCAGUACAACAUGACGGAUGACCUCGCUCCUCAGUUUGGCCAGAUGACUUUGAGCCGGCAAGGUUCCAGCGAGGCUCCAGAACCCCCCACAAUGUACCAGCCGCCGCCCACCGUCCUGUCCCAGCAUCCUCCACCGCAGCCCGGCUACAUCCUGACGGCGGGGGGUCAGCCCAUGCCGCCUCCAUCGGGGUACCAGCCCAGCUCUGCGCUCCCGCACCCUCCUCCACCUCCACCCCCGCCUCCGUCCCAAACGGUGAUGCAGGCCCCGCCCCCUCCCCAGGGCUACAUGCAGGCCCCACCCCCGCAGCAGAUCCAGGUGUCGUAUUACCCCCCCGGACAGUACCCCAGUUCCGGGCAGCAGUAUCGGGCCGUAUCCCAUCAAGUGUCAUACCCCACCCACCGGUCUCAGCCCACACAGCAGUCUGCUGGUCUUCAGACCAUGAUGGCCAAUCAGCAGCCGGCCUACCAGGGCAUGAUGGGAGUGCAGCAGCCGCAGAACCCCGGGCUCCUCAACACCCAGCGGGCUGGCAUAGGAGGGCAGAUGCAGAGCAUGAUGGUCCAAUAUCCCCCGAUGCCAUCGUACCAGGUGCCAGUGGCCAACGAGUCGCAGCAGGUGGUACAGCAGCAGUUCCAGCAGCCUGUCAUGGUGCCAGCCAGCCAGUCGGUGCAGGGGGCCGUGCCCGUCUACUACAGCGUCCUGACGCCCUCGCAGCAGAGCGCCAGCAGCCCGUCCGUGGGGUACCUGCAGCCCCCCAGCUCAGAACAGUACUCCAUGACACAGUCCUCCUCACCCUGCAACCUUCAGCAGAUGCAGCAGCAAUACUCAAGCGUCCCUCCUCCUGGCCCCGGUGUCAUGGUGAUGCAGCUGAGUGUCCCAAACGGCCCCCAGCCCACGCAGAACCCCCCCAUGGUGCAGUGGAACCCCUGCAAAUACUAUAGUCUGGAGCAGAGGCCCAACAAACCCGGAGAACUGUACAAGCCUGACUCGGGUCCGCAGGUCAGUACCCAACUGAGCAGCCCCCUGGCCUCCCCCACUCAGUCCCCCACCCCCUCUCCCUCCGGCAGCGUCAACAGCAUGUGUGCUGGCCUGGGGCCCCUCCCUUUGAUCUCCCAGUUUCCCCGGCCCGGAGGACCUGCACAAGGGGAUGGGCGUUACUCUCUACUCGGGCAGCCGCUGCAGUACAGCCUCUGCCCUCCUCCAGUAAUGCACAGCCAGUCCUACAGUUCCCAUCAGGGCCAAGGUGGAAUGAAGCACGGCACGCGAGGGAAGAGACAAACACUAAAAUCUGCCUCCACGGACCUGGGCACCACUGACGUGGUGGUGAGCCGGGUACUGGAGGUCACGGAUUUGCCGGAGGGGAUCUCGCGGCCUGAGGCUGAGAAGCUCUUCAACCAGCUGUCGCUAUGCGGCGCCAAGAUCCAGUGGCUUAAGGAUUCCCAGGGGCCACGGGGAGCGGCGGGGCCCAGUGCCGGCAAGGGCGAGGCGGGUGACCCCGCCCACCUGUACACGGUGGUGGCCGUGUUCCCCAACACCAUGGCCGCGCAGAGCGCUUCCUUCAAACUCAACAACAGCGCGAGCCACUUCAAGCUGCGAGCAGCCAAAAAGAACUAUGACCUGCGUAUCCUGGAGAGAGCCAGCUCUCAGUGAGGGGGAGCAGGAGAGAGCAGGGGAGGGGGCAUCCGUGCGUGCGUGCGUGUGCGUGGGGGCGGAGCAUCCUAACCGAAGGGGAGGGCGUACUUCUGUCCGCUCUCCAGUAGCACAGGGUUGUUUUUGGUUUUUGUUUUUAAUUUAAUUUUUUUUUGUUUAUACCAGAAGCACACAACGCACGUGAUCACGUGUGUCAUUGUUGCGGUGUACAUGCACACGCGCACACACACGCACGCACACACGCCACGCGGUUGCGUAGCACACUGGAGGACACUGGAUCAGCAGCCUCAGUUGCUCCUUUUGACUGCUCCUACCUUCUGCUCUCUCCUCUCCUCUACUCCGUACUUUCAGUCAUGUCCCCUUUCUGGCUCUCUCUCUCCCCCCCCCAACUCUUACAAUCUGUCAAAUACUUUUAGUCUUUCAUACGCACAGAUUCUUCCUCUCUCUCUCUCUCUCUCUCUCCCUUGCUCCCUCUCUCUCUCUCUCUCUCUCGCUUUCUGUUGGCCUUACUGCUGUUGUGUGUUUCUGUAUUGCGCAGUUUUUUUUUUCUCCCUUCAAAUGUUUUUGUUAAUUAUUCUUGGUUCAAUAUUUAUAUAAGUGAUGUAAGGAUUUAAAGAAAUCUAUAUAUUCAGUGACCCCCCCCCCCCCAUUAAUGCCCCCUUUUCUCCCUGAUUUUUCAGCCCCCUUUGCCCCUCCUCCCUUUCUCUCCAUCACUUACCCCCCCCCCCCCCCAUUGUGUUUGCGUUUUUUGUUGACAGCUGUGCAGAACGUAUCAAAAGUUAUUUAAAAAGUGCACAAUGAUUGCAUAUGUCUACUGUAAAUUUUAUUUAAUCUGUUUUGUUUGUUUUUAAAAAUAUAAAUGAUGAGGU